GGCUCGCACUCUCUCGAAGCGCUGUCUCUUUCAGCACCUACGAACAGAGGCUGGAGCGGCUCUGAGCGGGCUGCGAACGCGCAAGGAAACCCGGUCCGAGCCGCCGAAGAGCAGGUUGCUCCCAGCAUGUGAGACUCAGAAACUGAGAGUUUUCCUGCUCUGCUCUCACCCUCCACCGGCCUCCAGAUCCGUCCUUUCCCACCUACUUGUCCCUGUCCUGAAAUGCCAGCUGCAGGUGGCGGCGCACUCCCGCGGGCCCCGGGCCCCUAGCUCUGCUCUGAGCAGAAGGGGGGGGGGGGCACUGAUGGUCCCACCCACUUCCUGUCCCACCCGCUGCUCCAGUCACCCAGCUCUCCUCAGCCCAGCUCCCGAACCCCGCCCCUUUCCCACGCUGCCCCUCCCGUCGCCAUGGUGAGGGCCUGCAAUUUGCCGGCCCUGUCCUAUCAGUGCUUUGUCCUGCUGACGGCCAGCUGCUGCUGGCUGCUGGGCUCCGCCCAGGAGUACGCCCACUCCAUCCGCCUGGAAGGCGACAUCAUCCUGGGCGGGCUGUUCCCCGUGCACGCCCGGGGUGACCGGGGUGUGCCCUGCGGGGAGCUGAAGAAGGAGAAGGGCAUCCACCGCCUGGAGGCCAUGCUCUUCGCCAUCGACCUGAUCAACAAGGACCCCGAGCUGCUGCCCAACGUCACGCUGGGCGCCCGCAUCCUGGACACCUGCUCGCGGGACACCUACGCCCUGGAGCAGUCGCUCACCUUCGUGCAGGCGCUCAUCGAGAAGGACGCCUCCGACGUCCGCUGCGCCAGCGGCGACCCGCCCGUCUUCGCCAAGCCCGACAAGAUCGUCGGUGUCAUCGGGGCUGCCGCCAGCUCGGUAUCCAUCAUGGUGGCCAACAUCCUGCGGCUCUUCAAGAUACCUCAGAUCAGCUACGCCUCCACGGCGCCGGAGCUGAGCGACAACAGCCGCUACGACUUCUUCUCCCGCGUGGUGCCGCCGGACUCCUACCAGGCCCAGGCCAUGCUGGACAUCGUCACGGCGAUGGGCUGGAACUACGUCUCCACGCUGGCCUCCGAGGGCAACUACGGCGAGAGCGGGGUGGAGGCCUUCAUCCAGAUCUCCCGGGAGACCGGUGGGGUGUGCAUAGCUCAGUCACUGAAGAUCCCCCGGGAGCCCAAGCCGGGAGAGUUUGACAAGAUAAUCUUGCGGCUCCUGGAGACCUCCAACGCCCGCGCUGUGAUCAUGUUCGCAAACGAAGACGACAUCAGGCGAAUCCUGGGCGCUGCCAAGCGGAACAAUCAGACGGGUCACUUCCUGUGGGUGGGGUCAGACAGCUGGGGCUCCAAGAUCUCCCCUGUGAUCCAGCAGGAGAGGGUGGCAGAGGGAGCUGUGACAAUCCUUCCAAAACGGGCCUCUGUGGACGCCUUUGACAGGUACUUCCGGAGCCGGUCCCUCUCCAACAACAGGCGGAACGUGUGGUUCGCCGAGUUCUGGGAGGAGAACUUCGGCUGCAAGCUGGGAUCUCACGGCAAGCGCCCCGGCAGCCCCAAGAAGUGCACAGGGCUGGAGAAGGUGGGCCGGGACUCCAUCUACGAGCAGGAGGGGAAGGUGCAGUUCGUAAUGGACGCGGUUUACGCCAUGGCGCACGCCUUGCACCGAAUGCACCGGGACCUGUGCUCCGGCAUCCCGGGCCUCUGCCCCCGCAUGAGCAAUAUCGACGGCAAGGAGCUGCUCGGCUACAUCCGCGCCGUCAACUUCAACGGAAGCGCUGGGACACCUGUUGUGUUCAAUGAGAACGGUGAUGCUCCAGGACGGUAUGACAUCUUCCAGUACCAGAUCAACAACCGGUCGACAGCGGAGUACAAGGUCAUCGGCCACUGGACCAACCAGCUGUAUUUAGAUGUGGGUGCCAUGUGGUGGGCGCGGGGCAAGCGGGCGGUGCCGGCCUCGGUGUGCAGCGUGCCGUGCCGGGCGGGUGAGCGGAAGAAGAUCGUGAAGGGCGUGCCGUGCUGCUGGCACUGCGAGCGUUGCGAGGGCUACAACUUCCAGGCCAGCGAGUUCAGCUGCGAGCUCUGCCCCUACGAGCAGCGGCCCGACCGCAACCGCACCGGCUGCCAGCCCAUCCCCAUCAUCAAGCUGGAGUGGCACUCACCCUGGGCUGUGGUGCCCGUCUUCAUCUCCGUCCUGGGCAUCAUCGCCACCACCUUCGUGGUGGUCACCUUCGUGCGCUACAACGACACGCCCAUCGUGCGGGCGUCCGGCCGGGAGAUGAGUUACGUGCUGCUUACCGGCAUCUUCCUCUGCUACGCCAUCACCUUCCUGAUGAUCGCCGCCCCCGACGUCACCGUCUGCUCCUUCCGCCGCAUCUUCCUGGGCCUGGGCAUGUGCUUCAGCUAUGCCGCCCUGCUGACCAAGACCAACCGCAUCUACCGCAUCUUCGAGCAGGGCAAGAAGUCUGUCACCGCACCCCGCUUCAUCAGCCCGGCUUCCCAGCUGGCCAUCACCUCCAGCCUGAUCUCUGUGCAGCUGCUGGGGGUGCUGCUCUGGUUUGUGGCCGACCCGCCUCACACGGUGGUGGACUUCGGGGAGCAGCGCACGGCCGACCCCGAGAGCGCCCGCGGCGUGCUCAAGUGCGACAUCUCCGACCUGUCGCUCAUCUGCUCGCUGGGCUACAGCAUCCUGCUCAUGGUCACCUGCACCGUCUACGCCAUCAAGACCCGCGGCGUGCCCGAGACCUUCAACGAGGCCAAGCCCAUCGGCUUCACCAUGUACACCACCUGCAUCAUCUGGCUGGCGUUCAUACCCAUCUUCUUUGGCACCGCCCAGUCUGCGGAGAGGAUGUACAUCCAGACCACCACGCUGACCGUGUCUCUGAGCCUCAGCGCCUCUGUCUCCCUGGGGAUGCUCUACAUGCCCAAGGUCUACAUCAUCAUCUUCCACCCGGAGCAGAAUGUGCCGAAGCGCAAGCGCAGCUUCAAGGCCAUCGUCACCGCCGCCGCCAUGUCCGGCAAGCUGACGCAGAAGGGCGCAGACCGGCCCAACGGGGAGGUCAAGACCGAGCUGUGCGAGAGCAUGGAGACCAACACUUCAUCAACCAAGACGACAUACAUCAGCUACAGCAAUCACGCCAACUGACGAGCUGGCAGCGGAGAGAAGACUCCCGUGGUGCGCUCGCGUCUGCGGGCGCGGUUCCGUGACGUUGGAGAGACAGCGGCGGGCCUCCCGACGGCACCCGAGCAUGAGACACUUUACCGUUCCGAGUGAUAAACGGCGACGCGAGAGCGUGGAGCUACGAGGCUCGGUGCCGACGGCACCGCUGCCGCCGAUAUAAAACGAACAAGACCGCAAGCUCGGCGACGCAAAAACAAAACAACAUUUAAAAAAAAAAAAAGAAAAAAACAACGUGACACGGAGGGAGUGGGGGGAAAACACAGCUUUGAAGGAAAAAAAAACACACAGAUGGAAAAAAAAUGCAAACUUCAAAGUCAACCAUGUUUGUUGUUAUUCUUCUUGUAAGUAUUUUUUGUGGUUGUGAAGAUUUUUCAUUCCUGUCCCACACUUUGUCCAACCUGCAUAAGGAGAUGAGUUUAUCUCUUGUAUCAGCUGUCUGAACCAUAGCCCCUGGGUUGUGAAUCUGUUAAUGCAAGGGUUGAAGC